AUGUCGGAUAUCAAGCUCUACGGUCCAGUUCUGGGUAGCGCCGCUUUUAGCCUGGCAUCUGCGUCUACCUCUCCGGAUGAGGUUGGUACUUAUCAACCCGAUGAGGAUACGGAAGUUCCGAACGAUGAGACGGCGUUAAGGGAAGAGUCCUCAAGGGUGGACACUUUGCUGAGACAGGUCUCCCGCCUAUCCUUCUACGAAUCUGAGUUGACUGUCAAUCCCGAAAACUUUGAUUUGCGCAAGCUUCUCCACACUUACAUGAAGCAAAGCCAGAUGUCUGGCGUGAAGCUCAGAGACUUGGGCGUCUCGUUUGAGAAUAUGACCGUCACGGGUAUAGAUCAGCUGUACGCCUUUUUACCGACGGUUUCCGACGUUGUUGAGCUUCCGCUUACGAUUUACCGUGGUCUCCGUUCAUUGUCCGUUAAACCGCAGAGAGACAUCUUGCGUGAGAUGAACGGUUACGCCAGAAGCGGUGAGAUGGUGCUUGUGUUAGGAAGACCAGGUUCUGGAUGUUCUACUUUCCUAAAGGCCUUGUCUGGAACGGAUGUUAACAUGUAUACUGGCAUCACCGGCGACAUUGAGUACGAUGGGUUGCCCAGAAAGAGCAUGCUUAAGCAUUUCAAGCAGGACUUGAUCUACUGUCCCGAAUUGGACAUUCAUCUUCCUCAUCUUACUGUUGAACAGACAUUGGACUUUGCUAUCAAGUGCAAGAUGCCCGCCAAGCGUGCCAAUGACAUGUCGAAGAAGGAGUACGUGGUGUUCAUGAGAGAGAUGCUUGCAACCGUUUACGGUUUGCGUCACACAUACAAGACCAAGGUCGGCAACGACUUCGUCCGUGGUAUCUCUGGUGGUGAGAGAAAGAGAGUUUCGAUUGCCGAGGCUUUGGCUUGUCAGGGUACCGUCUACUGCUGGGAUAACGCCACCCGUGGUUUAGAUGCAUCCACAGCUCUUGAGUACGCGCAGGCUAUCCGUGUUUCGACUGAUAUUACUAGAUCCACUGCUUUUGUGACGAUUUACCAAGCUUCGGAGAAUAUCUAUGAUACCUUUGACAAAGUGACCGUGUUAUACAAGGGCCGUCAGGUCUACUUCGGUCCAACUCUGACCGCUAAAGCCUAUUUCGAGAAGAUGGGCUUCGAAUGUGCUCCUAGACAAUCGACGGCAGAGUUUUUGACCGCCGUCACAGACCCUAAUGGUCGUACACCAAGAAAGGGAUACGAGAACAAAGUUCCACGCAAUGCGGAUGACUUUGAGGCAUACUGGUUGGCAUCUGAGGAGUUCAAGACGCUCAAGCAGGAAAUACAAGACUACAAGGCUGGGACGAAUCUCGAUGAGACAAAGCGUCGCUUGAUCGAGUCGAUCAAACAAGAAAAACAGCCUGGUCAAAGAGUUGGCUCUCAUUAUACCGUCAACUUUUUCAAACAAUACAGUUUGAACUCUAGAAGAGCAUUCCAGAAUAUCAUGGGUGACAAGGCAUACACGGUGACACAAAUUAUUGCUGCAAUCCUGCAAAGUUUGAUCGUCGGCUCCUUGUAUUACAACACACCCGAUGACGUUACUGGUGCAUUUUCCAGGGGUGGUGUGGUAUUCUUUUCGGUUUUGUAUUUGUCUUUGAUGGGACUUGCAGAAGUUUCUAACUCUUUUGCGCAGAGGCCGAUCAUGUUGAAGCACCAUAACUACUCUUUAUACCAUCCAGCAGCAUGUUCUGUCGCUGAUGCGAUUACUGCCAUACCGAUUACCCUUUUGAUCAGUAUUGUCUUUACAAUUAUCCUUUACUUCCUCGCUAAUCUUAAGAGGGAUGCCGGUGCUUAUUUUACCUUCUUGUUGAUAUCCACCUUGGUUUCGUUGUGCAUGAAUGGUCUUUUUAAGGCUGUUUCGGCUUGGAAUAAGACAAUUUCGGCUGCUAACUCGUUUGCUGGUGUCUUAAUUUUGGCCGCUUUGAUGUACUCCUCUUUCAUGAUCCAAAGACAAUCCAUGAGAGUUUACUUCAAGUGGAUUUCGUACAUCAACCCUGUCCUUUAUGGUUUCGAAGCUAUGAUUACUACGGAGUUCCAUGGAAGAGAGAUGCCCUGUGUAUCAUCCUAUCUCGUUCCGAGCGGACCUGGUUAUGAUCCUUCUGAUGCAUCCUGUGCCUUUGCAGGCGCAGCCCCUGGCGACACGAUCGUGAACGGCGAUAGGUAUGUUGAACAAUCCUUCACAUACAGUUUCAGCCAUGUUUGGAGAAACUUCGGAAUCUUGAUUGGUUUUUAUGUCUUCUUCUUAGUGGUCGCUGCAAUUGGCUUCGAAGUAAUUCGCCCAGUCUCUGGUGGAAUUGAUAGAUUGUUUUUCUUGCGUGGAAAGAAGCCCAGCAAUAUCCUUACGGCCGAUGAAAAGGCAAAUGUUGGUGUGGAAGAGGGACCUGCAACGGAUGCUGACUUGGAGAAAGUGAAGCGCCAAAGUUCAUCUAGUGAUGAUAACUCCGCUUUGGCUGACUUGAAGUCGAAAGAUCUUUUCUGCUGGAAGCAGGUCGACUAUGUCAUUCCCUAUGAUGGUGGUGAAAGAAAACUUUUGGAUAGUGUUUCCGGAUUCUGCGUACCGGGUAAGUUAACUGCAUUGAUGGGCGAGUCUGGUGCCGGAAAGACUACCUUAUUAAACGUUUUGGCUCAAAGAGUUGAUAUGGGUGUUAUUACUGGCGAUAUUUUGGUGAACGGUAAGCCGCUUGAUGGCUCUUUCAGUCGUCGUACUGGUUACGUUCAACAGCAAGACAUUCAUUUAUCCGAGGCAACGGUAAGAGAAGCACUUAGAUUCUCUGCCCAAACCAGAAGGUCUAACGAUGUUUCCGACGAAGAAAAAUUCGACUACGUGGAGAAAAUCAUUGGGAUCCUUGAGAUGGAGGAAUAUUCUGAUGCAAUCGUUGGUAAUCUUGGAUCUGGUCUCAAUGUCGAGCAACGUAAAAAGUUAACUAUUGGAGUUGAAUUGGUUGCUAAACCAUCCUUAUUGCUAUUCCUUGAUGAGCCCACCUCCGGUUUGGACUCUCAGUCUGCUUGGGCAAUUGUGAAACUUUUGAGAGAUCUCGCUUCAGCUGGUCAGUCAAUUCUUUGCACUAUCCAUCAACCUUCGGCUACGUUGUUCGAAGAGUUUGAUCGUUUAUUGCUCUUGAGAAAGGGUGGUCAAACUGUUUAUUUCGGUGAUAUUGGAGAGCGCUCGAGAGUUAUCCUCGACUACUUCGAAAAGAAUGGUGCCAGAAAAUGUUCAGAAGCGGAAAAUCCUGCUGAGUACAUUUUAGAAGCAAUUGGUGCUGGUGCCACUGCCACCACAUCUCAGAAUUGGUUUGAUGUUUGGACUAGAUCGCCAGAAAAGGUUGCCGCCGAGAAGGAGAUCGAUCGCCUUAUAGACGAAGGCAAGCUGAAAUCUAGUCUCUCUGAGAAGGAGCUCAAGGCCUUGCAGAACCCAUAUGCCACUUCAAUCAUGUACCAAUACCUCCUUCUUAUCAAGCGUAUUGCGUUGGUCUAUUGGAGAAAACCUCUGUACGUCAUGGCGAAGUUGUCUUUGAUGACCAUGAGCGGUUUAUUCAUUGGAUUCACUUUCUUCGGUUUGAAGUCCUCUCUUACAGGAAUGCAAAAUGGUAUGUUCUGUGCUUUCUUGUCUGUGGUCGUCUCCGCUCCUGUCAUCAACCAGAUUCAGGAACAAUGUAUUGCGCUUCGUGAAGUGUUUGAAGGCAGAGAAAGACUUUCAAACAGUUAUCGUUGGUGGUUACUUCCAUUGGCUCAAUUCGUCGUUGAGAUUCCAUACAACUUUUUCUGUGCCGCCGUGAUGUUCGUCUCGCUUUACUUCCCAACAAGAGCAGAUUUCUCUGCUCCUCACUCCGGUGUGUUUUAUUUGACGCAUGGAAUCUUCUUGCAGCUAUUUAACAUUACCUUCGGUUUCAUGCUUGUUUACAUGGCUCCCGAUGUUCAAUCUGCCGCAGUGUUGGUUUCAUUCUUCUACGCCUUCAUCGUGUCGUUCUCUGGUAUUGUGCAGCCAAAGGAUUUAAUGCCAGGUUUCUGGACUUUUAUGAACAAGGUGAGUCCUUACACCUACAUUAUUCAGAACUUGGUUGCCUCUUUCCUCCAUAAGAGAAAGGUCCAUUGUGCCGACUCUGAACUCUCCAGAGGCGCUCCUCCUAAUGGUCAGACUUGUGGUGAAUAUUUGGGUGACUUCAUUGAGAGAUCUGGUGGUUACUUGGUGGACCCUAGCAGUACUACUCAAUGCGAGUACUGCCAGUACACCGACGCUGAUCAAUAUCUUGCAACUAUCCAGACCAGCUACUCCAACAUUUGGCGUAAUGUUGGCUUCUUUUGCGCCUACAUUAUUUUCAACCUCUUCGCCUGUCUUUUCUUGUACAAGGUGAUAAGACUCACGAGGUGGACGCUUCCGUCCUUCAAGUUUAAGAAACACUGA